GUUAAAGCUGUUUUAUAAGAACUAAACAAUGAAAGAAAAACGUAGAAAAGAUAAGAAACAUAGUAAAAAACAUAAGAAGAACGAAGAGAAGCAAAAACGAUACCGAAGUUCGUCUAGCUCCAGUUCUGAAUCUGAGGAAUGGGUAGAGAAGAAACCAUCAAAACAAUUAGAGGCACCUGAACGCGAAGAUUGGAUGUCUAUGACUGGUAUGUUACGGACUUACACAAAAGAGGACAUAAAACCUAAAAGAGAAGAGAAAAAUAAAAAUCAUAUAGAUUCGUACAAUCCAGCAACUAGUAGUAGGGAACUGAAUCCCUACUGGAAACAAGGAGGAUCUGGCUUACCUCAAACACCAGAGAGUUUUCGUAAAUCUAGACAGUUUUUGAAACCGCCUGAUGAUGAUGAUGAUUAUUACAAAAAAUCAUGUUCAUCCAAAGAUUAUGGAAGUUCAAAAACAAGUCAUGAAUAUUCACGGUACUCUCAAGAUUCUAAAAGCGAGUCUAACAGAAAUAGAGAACACAGGUCAGAGAGAGAUGUGAGUUCAAGAGAAGAAAGGUCAUAUUAUCAUGAUCGAUCUCAUAACUGGAAAAAGAGUGCAGAUGACAGCAAAAGUAGUGUGAGUAAAACAAAUAUUAUCCAACACAAUGUAGAAUCUAAACAGUCCACAUCUACUCUGGAGGAACCUGUAUCAAUGCCUGUAUCAAAAGAAAAAUCAGACAGCUUGUACAUGAGUGAUGAGAAGUUAAACAAACUAGCUGCAAAAGUUGUGAAAGCUGAAAUUAUGGGUGAUCUUAAUUUGUACAAAGAACUAAAAGCCAAGCUAGAAGCGGCUAGGGAAUAUAGAAAACAAAAUCCCAAUGCCAAAGAAGAUGUUGAUGAUGAAAGAGUGAUGUUGAUAUCCACAAAUAGUUCCGGCAACAGUAGACCACUGAUGAACACAGCUAAAGGUGAUGCUCGGAGUAAAGGCAAUAAGCGCAAGGCUGAUACACACUCAGGUGGUGAGAGAACUAAGUACUUUGGGAAUGAUGACAAGUACAACUUGGCUCAAAUGUUUGAACAAGAAAAAUACGGUAACAAUUAUGACGAUGAGGCUCAACUGGCCAAUAUUGCAUCCAAACAUAAAAAUCCUAAUGAUGAUCUGGAAGACAUAUUUAUGGACGAUAUAUCGAAAAAUAGAAAUGAGGCAAAAGAUAGAGAUGCUGAAAAGCAGAGGGCAAUCAACCAGCAUGUUCGGAUUGAGCGUUCCCUGGAGGGUUGUGAAUAUUGUGUCGAUUCUAAGAACAUGUUGAAGCAUUUGAUGGUCAGUUGUGGCAACAAGACUUACCUAGCACUGCCAUCAAAGCAGUCUCUUGUAACUGGCCACUGUAUAAUCACUACAGUUCAGCAUGCCACAUGUGUUACAGCCUUAGAUGAAGAUGUGUGGGCAGAAAUUUUGACGUUCAGAAAGGCACUUACUCGUUUCUUCAACACUCAAGGCAAAGAUGUGGUAUUCUUUGAGAUGGCAACAAAAUUGCACAGAUUCCCACAUAUGGUAUUAAACUGUGUACCUUUACCAAGGGAUGUGGGAGAUACAGCUGCAAUAUAUUUCAAGAAAGCCUUGCUGGAAUGUGAGACUGAAUGGUCAAUGAACAAGAAAGUUGUAGAUUUGAAGGGCAAAGAUAUCAGGAAAGGAGUACCAAAAGGCUUACCAUACUUUUGGAUUGACUUUGGUAUGGAUCCAGGAUUUGCACAUGUGAUAGAAGAUCAGCAAUUAUUCCCGAAGAUGUUUGGUGAGGAAAUCAUUGGAGGUAUAUUAGAUUUAGAUCACCAUUUAUGGAAAAAUCCAAAAAGAGAAUGUGGAGAUAUACAAAGAAAGAAAGUUUUGGAAUUUAUCAAGGAAUGGAAACCAUUUGAACCUACUUUUAAUUAAGAAACUGCAGCAAUGGUUGUAAUUAAUACAAAUUAAAUAUUUUUUAAAUAAAAAAUUGUACUG